AUGGCCUCAACCAAAGAUGCCCGCAGACCGGACUUGAUUGUCCCCUUUCAAGAACCCGCCAGCAAGGGGGACAACCCCGAGCUUGCCUCAACUCUCUCCUCCACUCUACCAAUGGCGGCUAUCUUCAUGCGCAACCGCUAUGUUGGAUGGGCCGCUGUUGCUUUCUCCCUCCAGUCCUGGCUUGGAGAGUCUGAAGAGACCAAGAAGAGCAACUCUUCCCCUGGAUACUUUGCCGUGGGCAUGUCAUUGAUGUCCCUAAUCGUUACCUACCUUCCCCUCUUCCUCCCCCCUUCUCCCGGUCUUCAACAGGGGAGCUCGACCGAGGCUCCUGCCCCCGUUCCUCCUGCCUAA